AGGCGUCAUCGGGCCACUGCGCUGCAGCAACUCCACGCGGGGCCGCUAGACUCCAUCGCCGUGAUCCGUGAUCCGGCUUAUCUUCUAGUCUUUGAGGGUCAGACCUCUGAAGCCUCUCUUUUCCAAAUCACCACCAUCAGAGCCUCGAACAGCGUUGCAUCCUACCGCUCUCACUCCCUCACAACGCCAUGGCCACCGCUGCCCACUGCAUCGCCUGUUUCGAGGCUCUCGACGCCCACCUCGCCAAACGCCCCGCGCUGUCCCUCGACGAGAUCCAGUCCCUCUACGAGCAGUUCGUCGCCUCGACAUCCUCCUCCCCGACGCCCAAGAACCCCACCCUGUCACGUCUCACCGCCGACCCAUCCCCGUCCUCGUCCUCGACAUCCUCGACCACGGGCUUCUCCACCUCCACGCCCGACACAUCCAACACAUCCAACACAUCCCUCUCCUCCAUCGUAGCGAACAACAUCCCCGCCAAGGCGCCGCUCUUUGUGACCUGGAACGUGGUGGAAUCCGACGGCGACGACGAUGAAGAGGAAGAGGUGUCCCUGAGAGGGUGCAUCGGCACAUUCAGCGACGAGCUCCUCGAGGAAGGCAUCCCCGAGUACGCCCUCAUCUCCGCCCUCCGGGACACCCGCUUCCGUCCCAUCAAGGCCAGCGAGCUGCCGUCGCUGCAGGCCGCCGUCACGCUCCUCACCGACUUUGAAAAGGUGGACGACCCGUACGACUGGGUCGUCGGCGUGCACGGCGUGCGGCUCAGCUUCCACGACAAGGGGCGCCGCUAUGGGUCGACGUACCUGCCCGACGUCGCCAGCGAGCAGGGCUGGACCCGCGAGGAGGCGCUCUACUCGCUCUCGCGCAAGGCGGGUUGGGUCGGCAGCCAGAGCAAGUGGAGGGACCUCGACCUCCAGGUGACGCGGUACCAGGGGAAGAAGUGCAGCGUGCGGUACGCAGAGUACAAGCGCUUCAAGGAUUGGGUAGACGCCAAGUAGCAGCAGGCACGCACACACAGACAAGACGGGAUGGCGUUCAGGGCAACGAUGGAACAGCGUUAAUUCUUUGGUAGGUAGUAAUGACAUGUGCGCCUCUUCCCUCCCU